AUGCUCCCGGAGAACGUCUAUGAGCAAUGCCACGAUGAUAAGACUGUAAGCUCGGAACUUUCGCGGGACCCGAGUCAACAUCCAUCCAAGGUCUUCCACAAACUAUAUGAGCAUAAAUCCGGAAAGUGCCAUUUGAAGUCAAAGAACUCAGGAGGUGAUGAGAAGGAGAGUCUGAAACGGGCAUAUGAGUGUGGAAAUUGGGGCCCUACAGAACCAAGUAAUCUAUUUCUCAAUAUAUAUCACGAUGCCCUCUGCGCGCUGGAAAAGAACCCCAUGUCGAGCGUCGUUUCCCCGCCCUUAAUGGGAAGCAAUGGAGUCGUUCCCUUGACAAUCGUCGGUCCACUGCCUGAUCUCUGUCGUCAUAUUUCGAAUUGCAUCGUGCGGGCCGAGAAGGAGAUAUUCCUGGCAACCAACUUCUGGAUUCACUCCAACGCAUCAACUUUAGUGACGAAUGCCUUCAGAGAAUUGUCGAAACGAGCUGGCAAGCGUGGGACCAAGGUGGUCGUAAAGAUGAUUUACGAUCGGGGCGAUCUUCGGCAGGUCUUCGAGAAUCAUCUCACUGUUUCGGAGAAGCAAUAUAUUAGCGAAAAGGUCAAACUUCCACCGGCAGAGGAGAUACCAAACAUCGAUCUCCAGGUUAUCAAUUACCACCGCCCCAUCUUUGGGACCUUCCAUGCGAAAUUCGUCGUCUUUGACAGGAGAGUCGCACUGCUUCAGAGCAGUAACAUCCAAGACAAUGAUAAUCUGGAAAUGUUGAUCAGGGUAGAAGGGCCAAUUGUGGACUCCUUUUAUGAUGCUGCGUUGAUUUCGUGGGGCAAGUCGUUGGGCUCGCCUCUUCCAAUGCUGGAUUCCCCUGCGGCAUCGGCGCCAAUUCCAAGCUCCAAUAUUCACCCACCAGGCAGUUCUGACGAGAACUCUUCCAAUCCUUCGCUGCCAGAACAUACCACGCAGGAUCCUAACUAUGAUGCUGAUAUACAUCAAGAAACAGAAAGAGUCAAUGGGACUGUCAAGCCUCGAGAGGGAGAAUCGAGGACAUCAGCAGUCAGUCGUCAUCUCAAUCACACAAUCCAACCUUGCACCACAGGAGAUGCCCCAGACAGCGACCAGGAAACACCAAUGCAGCCAUAUCUCCUUUUACCCUCCCAUAAACCAUUCCCGAUGGCCUUGGUGAAUAGAGAACCAUGGGGAGUACCGAACCAUACAAGCAUCUAUCCCCCGCAAAAUGCCGCUUUUCUCUCAGCCAUCAACCAUGCGAAACACUCUAUCCUAAUCCAAACCCCGAAUAUGAACGCAGAGCCCCUUCUUGAGCCCCUUCUUAAUGCCGUCCACCGGGGUGUCAUUAUCACUUGUUAUCUCUGUUUAGGCUAUAACGACGCAGGCGAAUUGCUUCCUUUCCAAAAUGGGACGAACGAAAUGAUUGCGAACCGGCUAUAUAAUUCCCUGUCUACAGACGAGGAACGAUCUCGACUCCGGAUAUAUAAUUAUGUCGGCAAAGACCAAACACGGCCAAUACACAACAGGUUCAAGUGUCGAAGCUGCCAUAUAAAACUUAUGAUCAUUGACGAAAAGGUUGCUAUUCAAGGAAACGGCAACCUCGACACCCAAUCCUUCUACCACAGCCAAGAGAUCAAUCUCCUCCUCGACUCGCCUCUUGUCUGUCGCACAUGGAUAAAGACCAUCAAUCAAAACCAAAACACGGCGAUUUAUGGCGCUGUAGGCCCAGAAGAUGGUUGCUGGCAUGAUCCAGUUACAGGGAAGAUACCUGACGGAUCUAUUGGUGUGAAUCCCGGGCAUUUUAGCUGGGUCAAGGGGCGAUGUCCACUACCCGACCCAACCAACAUCACCAUGUCCCGUCCAUACGACAAAGCCAUCGUCGAUAUCACCCAUUACGUAUUCCACUACCAAAUAGAAGAUGACAAGGCAUGGUCUUCUGCUCGCGUGGCCCUUCUAGACGCCAUGGGCUGUGCAAUCGAGGCAGUCGCAAAGAGCGAAGAUUGUCGAAAGCUAUUAGGCCCUACUGUCCCUGGCACGACUGUGCCUAACGGAUUCCGGUUACCGGGAACGAAUCUGGCAUUGGAUCCUGUCAAGGGCGCGUUUGAUAUGGGGGUGUUGAUUCGGUAUUUGGAUCAUAAUGAUGCCUUGGGGGGCGCUGAAUGGGGGCAUCCGUCUGAUAAUCUAGGUGCCAUCUUGGCUGUCACGGAUUGGCUCUGUCGGGCUUCUGCGGCUGGAAAAUAUACACAUACUGGUCCACCGCUGACUAUGCGAACUCUAAUGACUGCCAUGAUCAAGGCAUACGAAAUCCAGGGCUGUUACCAGAUGGAGAAUGCCUUUAAUGCAUUCGGAAUCGACCAUGUCAUUCUUGUCAAACUAGCGUCCGCUGCUGUGGUGGCAUGGUUACUUGGUUUAACGGAACAGCAGACCACGGCGACCAUUUCACAUGUGUGGAUGGAUGGACAUCCAAACAGAGUCUAUCGAUCUGGUGUAAAUACGAUUCCACGCAAAGGUUGGGCAGCUGGUGAUGCUUGUAUGCGGGCGGUACAUCUGGCACUGCUUACGCGGGCAGGACAGCCUGGGGCGCCCGAAGCUCUGAGUGCUUUACCAUGGGGUUUUCUUGGGCGAACUUUUGGUGCGAAGGGGUUCGAGCUACCCAGGCCAUUUGGAACAUGGACUAUCCAAAAUAUUUUGUUCAAAGUCAUGCCAGUUGAGGGUCAUGGGAUUUCAGCCGUUGAAGCGGCUUUGAUCCAGCUUGCUCGGCUCAGGGAACGGGGAUUAAGGCCUGACGACAUCUUCAAGGUUGAGGUUCGAACGACAGCGGCGGCGGAUCUGAUCAUUAAUAAGAAAGGAAAGCUACACAAUGCUGCAGAUCGCGACCACUGCGUCCAAUACGUGAUCGCACUCGCUUUUCUGAAAGGAACGACACCAGAGGCGCAGGACUACCUGGAUAAGAGCCACUGGGCGACGAGCGAGGACCUUGCCUCCAUGCGUCAAAAGAUUAUCGUCAGUGCAGAUGAUAAACUCACCAAGGAUUACCUAGAUUUAGACAGGAAGAGUAUUGGAUCCGGACUGACUGUUCAUCUGAAGAACGGUUCCAUCUUGCCAGAAGUCUUGAUAGAAUAUCCAGCUGGCCAUGCGCGGAAUCCCGCAACUGUUAAUAUGGUUCGCGAGAAACUCUCGAAAAAUAUGAGACUUAUGUUCUCAGAAACCGAGAUUACCGGUAUUAUUCAAGCGGCUGAAGAUGAUAACUUGGCGAUCAUGGGGUUUGUUGACUUGCUCUCUCGGCAGACUCCAAGUAGUCCAAGGCUAUAA